UAUGGAUGAGAAUUUGGCUUCAAAACCACCAAAAAUAGUAAAUGAUUCAAAUGUAAUAGUAAGAGAUGGAAAGCAAUCGGACAAGGAUGGAAUCAAUUAUAUCAUUUCUCAAGGUUUUAUGGAAGAUGUUCUAUUUAUUAUUGGAAAGACAAACGAUGUAGAAAAAGAUGAAAAAGCUUGCCUUAGUAUGGUGAAUAGUAUUAAAAAAGACGUUAAAGAUGUGCUAGUUGCUGAAAAAAAUGGUAAAAUAGUUGGAAUAUGCGAAAUGAAAUAUUCAAAUACUAAAGAUAAUGACGAUAAUGCUGCAAAGGAAUUUUCACUUUUAACAAAAUUAAAAUGUUUUCUAUCAUUUGGAAUGUCUGAGCAUUUGCUGAAAUUGGAAGAUGGAGAAUGUCAUUUAAAUUUAUUAGCUGUUGAUAAAGAAUUGAGGGGUAAUGGAGUCGGUAAAAUUCUAUUACACUCUGCUCAUCAAGAAGCAAUAAGAAGAGGAUUCCGAAAAAUCUUUCUCUUUGUUUAUCUUGAAAAUUUUCAAGGUAAAAGACUGUACGAAAGUUUUGGCUACUUGCCAAAAACACUUUUUAUCAUUAAUAAAUACUUUGCUUUUGGCAACAAGGGAGGUUACAAAAUGGAAAAGAAACUUUAAGUUAUUCAUUUUUAAAUAUUUAAAUUUUUAAUUUAAAAACUACUCAAUAAGUGCAAUUGUAAUAAAAGAAGAAAUUAUGUAAUUGUAAAGAAAUGAUUGAAAAUAAAAUGGUUAAGUAGAAGAAGAAUAAAUUUAUUUCAUUUCUUUUUGAUGAACCACCUGAAAAAAAUGGAUAUAUUUGAAUUUGUUUAAACUAACUUGUUGACUUUGUAAAUGAUACAAAAAUUAUCAUUUCCAUCUUUACAACUUUAAUUGACAAUAGAAAUCUUCAUUAUUUAUAUCCCAAAUUGCAGUAAUUGAACUAUUUAAUUCAACUAUUCCAUCAGUAAAGGUUAUAGUAGAAAAUGAGCUAAUCAGUCUAUCUUUUUCUUUAUAACUUCAAAAUUUAGAGUAGAGUGGAUGAGCCCCAUAAAUUAAAUUCGGGGUCGACAGAAAACGUCAGCAAAUGAGAAAUUUCAAGACAAAAAUUUGGAUUGAGAAAUGGUUAGGAAGAAGAAGAGAGCAACUGAUUUGUACUUAGGAGGGUCUCCUCUAAGGGUUAGGGCUAAUGGAAAAGGUUAGGUACAGCUAAGGGCUGGGUUAGGGUUAGGGUAAAAGCACUCAUUUGUGGACAUUUUCUGUCGCAUCCAGAAUUUGUUUGAAAUUUUGUUUAAAAAUGACUUAAUAAGUGGAAAAAGAUUUUUGUUUAAUUACCAUAUAAGGCUAUUGCAGUUGUCUUAGAAUCAGCACUAGUACCAUCAGAUACUGUUGCAUUUAUUAUAAAACCAUCAAUCUGUUUGAAUGGAAUUUUUGUCAAAUUUAUACAGUACCGGCGGUAAGUCACUGUUACACCUCAAAAAAAUAAUAUUUUCUUGAUUUUUUC